UGAUGCGAUAAUGCAAAUAUAUAAAUGGCAUUCAUAGAAACGAUGAAAAAAAUAAAACAAAUGCAUCCAUUUCUUGUAUUGCGUGUUGGAUUUGGCCAGCAUUUGGAUUUUGCUGAGGCGGCGUUUUCAUUGGCUGCAGCAAAAGGUAGCGCUUCUGGUUACAAACUUUUUGGACCAAUCAGAAGGCGCCGUCGCCUUUCCUGCCCCGAGCCGAGUAGCAACAAGUCCAACCUGGACCGCGACCCGGACUAUCCCCCGUCUCCGCGGACGCCGUCGAGACCGGGCUCCGAACCCGAAAACGACGAUGCCGGCUCGCCUCCGAACCGUCUAGCGUCCAUUUUGUGACGUUUCAUGAAGACGGGGAGCAUGUUGGGGAUGUACGUGCCGGACAGAUUCUCCCUGCGCUCGUCCAAAGUCCAGGAUGGAAUCGGUCUGUUCACGGCGCGGCGGGUCAAAAAGGGAGAAAAAUUUGGGCCCUUCGCAGGGGAGAAGAAGUUGCCGUGCGAGUUGGACGAAAGUGCCGACACCCGACUCAUGUGGGAGGUUCGUGGCAGCAAGGGUGACGUGCUGUACAUCCUGGACGCCAGCAAUCCGCGCCACGCCAACUGGCUGCGUUUUGUCCACCAGGCGCCCUCGCAGGAGCAGAAGAACUUGGCGGCCAUUCAGGACGGCGAGAACAUCUUCUACCUGGCCGUGGACGACAUCGACACGGACACGGAGCUCCUGAUCGGCUUCCUGGACAGCGACAUGGAGGAGGAGGAGGAGGGAGAGGAGGAGGAGGAGGAGGAGAGGAGGAGGUCAACAAAGAUGAGGAGGAGACAGAUGGGCUGCAAGGAGGACCACCCGUGCUUGCUCUGCGAGAGCAGCUUCCCCAGCGAGGAGAUCCUGGCCGCCCACCUGCAGAGUCUCCACCAGAGGCCCGGCACCGACGAGAAGGACUUCAAGUGCAGCAACUGCGGCAAGAAGUUCCCCGUCAAGCAAGCGCUGCAGCGCCACUUCGAGCAGCACAAGGAGGCGUGCAAAGGCGACGCCCGCUUCAUCUGCAAGGAGGAGAGUUGCGGCAAAAGGUUCAAGAGCAAGGACGCGCUGAAGAAACACAAAGGGAACGUUCACACAGGAAGUGCCAGAAGGAAGCUGACGUGCACCAUAUGCAACAGGAAGUGCUCGUCAUCUCUAAAUCUACAAGAACACAGAAAGAUCCAUGAAAUAUUCGACUGCCACGCUUGUGACAAGAAGUUCAUCUCCACCAAUCAGCUCAAGCGACACAUGAUCACACACUCGGAAAAGCGUCCGUACACGUGCGAGAUCUGCAGCCGCUCCUUCAAGCGCCUGGACCAGGUGACGGCGCACAAGAUCAUCCACAGCGAGGACAAGCCCUACAAGUGCAAACUGUGCGCCAAGGAAUUUGCCCACCGCAACGUCUACAAGAAUCACAAGAAGACCCACUCGGAGGAAAGACCUUUCCAGUGCGACGAGUGCAAGGCCCUUUUCCGCACCCCUUUCUCUCUACAGCGCCAUCUACUCAUCCACAACAGUGAGCGCACCUUCAAGUGCGACCAGUGCAACGCCACCUUCAAGCGCAAGGACACGCUCAACGUGCACAUCCAGGUGGUCCACGACGGCCACAAGAAGUACAAGUGCGACCUGUGCGAGAAGGCCUUCGUCACGCCCUCCGUCCUCAAGAGCCACAAGAAGACACACACGGGCGAGAAGGAGAAGAUCUGCCCGUACUGCGGACAAAAAUUCGCCAGCAACGGCACGCUGAGGGUCCACAUCCGCAGUCACACAGGCGAGCGUCCCUACCAGUGUCCGUACUGCGACAAAGCCUUCAGCAAGAACGACGGUCUGAAGAUGCACAUCCGCACGCACACUCGGGAGAAGCCGUACAAAUGCAGCGAGUGCAACAAGGCCUUCAGCCAGAAACGAGGCCUGGACGAGCACAUGAGGACGCACACGGGGGAGAAGCCUUUCCAGUGCGACGUGUGCGACCUUUCGUUCAGCCUGAAGAAGAUGCUGAGUCGGCACAAGCUGACGCACAACCCCAACCGGCCCAUGGCCGAGUGCCAGCUGUGCCACAAGAAGUUCACGCGCAACGACUACCUCAAAGUGCACAUGGAGAACGUCCACGGCGAGACGGACGCGUAGACUCGCGGGAGAAGGCCUCGCCUCGCCGUCCUCGAUCGGGAGCGUCAAUUCACCACGAUGCCUUCGUGGUGCCUCAUUUUUUUCGUUACACUUCCUUGCGACUACUAAUCGGAAGCGGAAAAGGUAAAUUUCCCGUAUCAGCACCUUUAUGCGCAUCCUCAACGAAAUGGCGUAGUGUCUGACGACGCCUUCAAAGCGCCUCACGGACUCUUUUCACAGUACUGUACGUGUGCCAAGUAUGUAGCGCCGAUUUUCGGCGCAACACGCAAGCGGCCGACGCUUGUUAUUGUUGUUAUUUAUCUUUGGUGCUCGUCGCUCCGGGGGAUGACGUUUAUCUGCCGGAUCGCAGGUCGACGUCUGUAAAGCAUUUAAUGCUCCCUCCCCCGAAAAAAGGGCCUACAAUGCUACAUUCCUCAGCUUGGGGCUCUUGUGUGUACAGCGGGGGUCCGCUAUUCGCAGAGAUAGGGAUCAAUCCAUGUAAAUUGCAUUGAAAACUCUUUUAAAACAAAUUUCAAUAUUUUUUAAAAUAUUUAUUGAUCGCCAAACGCUCGUUAAUCAGCGGCAAUAAGCAUUUUCCUGUGUUUUUCCCUCCUGCAGAAAAUGAAUGUGCGUCUCGGCGAAUCGGCAGAUGCAAAUUUGUGACAUUGUCGAGGUUGUGGUCGUGACGUCACAUGUGCGCGACGCUUCCGGGCGACUUUUCAAAAACUCGUCGACUGUUAAAUGGGUUCAAUUGCGCACAUAGAAGGAGAGAAAGUUGGAAAGCAUAAAGUGGGGAAAAUGAAAGAAAAAUGUGCGUGAGGCAAGUUGCUCGGAAGGCGGAGGGAACGCUCACGAUGGUUUACAUAACGACUGUAUGUUUUUAUAAAGUGCAAUAUUACGGCGCGCUUUCUUCGAGAAUUGGACUCGGCCCGAUGUUGCACAAAUGAAGCAGGAAAAAAAAUGGCGAGCGCAACAAAGCAAAGUGAAAAGUGGAGUUCGGCCAGUGUCUUCUAUUUUUCAGGCUCGUCUGUCUGCGCGACCCUUAAAUAUAUAUUUAAUAUUUCUGGACAGCGCUCGUCACUCUUUUCACCCCCCCUUUUUUUUUCUGCCACCCGGAAGUAACCCGGCGCCUCUUGUUUACAAACAUUCUGAACAUUUUUAAUUUUUUUUUUUCUGUGGAAGGCGCCGCUCGGUGCUCAGCGGUGCGGAAGAACGUUUUUUGUUUUGUUUUUCUUCCAAGUGGACCUCGGUGCCUGGUGUUUGUACGUGCAGGUAUUGGAAAUAUUGAAUUUCAUAUUUGUUCAGAUGCGUACGGUUUGCCGAAAAGCUCAGUUCAAAACCUUCGUCGUCGUAACGAAGGCUUCUCACGUCAACUUGAGUUAUUUCGGGAUUGGAUGCUUCCACGGUUAUGAAAUGAUGACAGCAGGAAGUAGCGAAUGAUGAACGAAAUGAAAUCAAAUUUAAUUGAACGCUGCGAAUGAGCCGCGUUCUUCAUGUGCAGCUUUAACGUUGCUUUAUUGUUCAUCUUGUCAUCGAACCGUGAAAUAACCCUGAAAGCAUAUCAAAUAUUGUGAUAGUUUCACAUUCUGACACAACAACACAUCUUGAAGUGACGCGUUCGCAACAUGUAAAUAAACAUCCUGGGGAAAAAAAAAGUGCUGAAUUUCAUAAUAUAACGUCACAAUGUAAUACAUUUCUUUUAUAACGUGAAAACAACUCCCC